GUGGGCCGAGCGGAGGGAGGGCCGAUGCCGCCUCUGGCUCUUCCCGGUCGCGGGUUAUAUAGCGCGGAGCGUGGAUCCCGCUCAGAGGCGGUCGGGAGCGCUCCGACUUGCGAGUGGCAUUUCGCUGCGGAGCCCGGUGCCGGAGUGACAGCCUCGGAGCGUGCAGGGGCCCCGAGACCGCGGAGCAGCUGCCAGCGGCCGGGCAGCGCUCGCCGGCGCCGGGCGAGUCGCCCCUUCCCGGCUCUCCCGCUGCCCCGCACCCCACGCUGCCACCCGCUCGCAACUUGGGUCAAGUUGACAAGUCCCGCGGCGGCCCGCCGGCCCGAGCCGUCUCCGCCGCGCGCCCCUCCCCCGGGGUGAGAGGGAGCCGCCGCGCCGGCUCCGGGGACGCUCGGGCGGCGGCGGCUUGGCCAUGAGGGCAGCGCGCGCCGCCUAACUCGCGGCUGUCACCGCCGCUGCAGCGGGACCGGCCGGCCAGGCGGGCGCUCCGGGGCCAGGCGGGCGGGCGGCCGCCGGCAGGAGGCGCCGAGCCGGGCAGCCGCCGCAUCGGGCACCGCUUGGGCCCCCGCGCCGAGCCUGGGCGGGAGUGGCCCCCUCGCACCCCAGCCCGGCGGGCACCUCGGACAAACGCCUUCUAGUCCCGGCCGCUCGGACAAACGCCCCGGGGCGGGGAGCCCGGCUGCAGCCGGCGCGGGGUGGGCGCGGGCGCGGGGCUCGUGCGGGCCCCCGGGCGUCGCGAUGAACAUCGUGGUGGAGUUCUUCGUGGUCACUUUCAAAGUGCUCUGGGCGUUCGUGCUGGCCGCGGCGCGCUGGCUGGUGCGGCCCAAGGAGAAGAGCGUGGCGGGCCAGGUGUGCCUGAUCACCGGCGCGGGCAGCGGCCUGGGCCGCCUCUUCGCGCUCGAGUUCGCCCGGCGCCGGGCGCUGCUGGUGCUCUGGGACAUCAACACGCAGAGCAACGAGGAGACGGCGGGCAUGGUGCGCCACAUCUACCGCGACCUGGAGGCGGCGGACGCCGCGGCGCUGCAAGCUGGGAAUGGCGAGGAAGAAAUCCUGCCCCACUGUAACCUGCAGGUGUUUACCUACACCUGCGAUGUGGGAAAGAGGGAGAAUGUCUACCUGACGGCGGAAAGGGUCCGCAAGGAGGUUGGCGAGGUCUCGGUCCUGGUCAAUAACGCCGGCGUGGUCUCUGGGCACCACCUCCUGGAAUGUCCUGAUGAGCUCAUUGAGAGAACCAUGAUGGUCAAUUGCCACGCACACUUCUGGGAUUACUGUGCCAGUAAAUUCGGAGUCGUGGGUUUCCACGAAUCCCUGAGCCACGAGUUAAAGGCUGCUGAGAAGGACGGAAUUAAGACAACACUGGUGUGCCCGUACCUGGUAGACACUGGCAUGUUCCGAGGCUGCCGGAUCAGGAAGGAGAUCGAGCCGUUCCUGCCCCCUCUGAAGCCCGACUACUGUGUGCAGCAGGCCAUGCGGGCCAUCCUCACCGACCAGCCCAUGGUCUGCACGCCCCGCCUCAUGUACAUCGUGACCUUCAUGAAGAGCAUCCUCCCUUUCGAAGCGGUCGUGUGCAUGUAUCGGUUCCUCGGAGCGGACAAGUGUAUGUACCCCUUUAUCGCUCAGAGAAAACAAGCCACAAACAAUAAUGAGGCGAAAAACGGCAUCUGAGGAUCUUUUCUGGGCGGAGCGCCGUUUCCCUCGGAAGACGAGCAAGAUGUUUCCGUUCAUCACAUCAAGUAACGGACAUUCUCGGGAUUCUGAAUUCGAGUGGACUUUUUUUUUUUUAUUAAUCAACUUUUUAAAAAAUAAAGUGUAAAUUAACCGACUAGAGUACUUGGAAAAAUGCGAUCAGCAAAAGUGAGGUCGAGUGUUGCCAGUGGGGUCCCUUUUAGGCAGAACCCUAAAGCCAGUCAGUUCUUUCAGACAAGCACUGUGUGGCGUCUCCAGGCUCCCGUGACUUUUUUUAAUGAGCAGAAAGUCUAGAGAUGAUAACUACAGUGUGUUUCAUGUGUGUGGUUUUUCUUAAUUCCCAUAGCGUUCAUUAAUUCUUGUCAUUAAACUCUAGUCAGUUGACUCCCUUGCAACUCCAAGGACCGAUAGUGCGAUGCUUUCUCCCGUUUCCUCAGUUUCCGUUUGGCACAGCCUGUGCAGCCUCUCGUGGUGUUUAUAUAGCUCUUCUAAAAAGGAAUUUUGAAAUCUCCAUCAGUUUGAAUCAAGUGAUGUUUGAUUGUUUCGGUAAGAUAAUCGGGUCUCUUUCUUAAGGUCACAACGACUAAAGUGUUAGCUGGAUUUUUAAACUUUCUCUCUGAAACCUUUCCUGAAGUACCUAUCACUGGGGACCGAAUUAUCCCAAAAAGAUCAUGCAUUUCCUACCUAUGAAUUCUGCUGCAUACAGAACGUGCCCUUUCCUCAGGAAGUCGCUGUUUCCUUUCUUUGGGUGGACUUUUAUCUAGAACACAUAGCAGAUCAGCAAAGAGAACGUUUCUAAAAAUGGGGACUUCUAAAUUUUAAAAAAAUCCCCAUUUUUGUGCCAACUAUGAUGAGUGUUGGGGGGGGGGAUCUUACACUAUGGAGUACAUAUGGAAGGCUGUAAAGAUUCUUUUGAAAUUUUUAUUCACCUUGUACAACAGCAAAUGACAUUUUUACAGUAUUUUUUUGUAAAGCAAACUAUUUUGUGCCUUGAAUUUGGUAAAUGUGUAUUAGUGAGACGUUGUAAAAGUGAACUUCUACCUCUGUAUCUAAAUGUAUACCAUCCACUUGUAAAUGACUAUAAACUAUUAUGUGAUUGCCUUUUUUUUUUUUAGAAUGUCUUGUUUAAAUAGCAACCAAUGUUUAAGGCUAUUAAAAUAAGCCAUCUUUUACUAAUUAAUUGGGAAGUUUUAUAAAGGACUGAUUAAAUUUAAAGAAUUAACUUA